UGCUCCGCGGCCAGCAUGGAGACCGAGGCGGGCGCUAGCGGCGGCUUCACCAGCGUCGUGUCCCGGCGGAGCCGGAGGAAGCGGCGGGCGGGCGGCGAGGAGCCGGCGGCGGGAGCUGCCAUGGACACGGCGGGACCGCGGCCCAGCAAGCGGCCGGCGUUCCCACCCGUGGCCGCCGAGGCGCUCGGGGUUGGGAAAGGUGAGCUGAGGAAGAUCCCUGUGCCGGCCAACAGGUACACGCCGCUUAAGGAGAACUGGAUGAAGAUAUUCACGCCCAUUGUGGAGCAUCUGCAGCUUCAAAUCAGGUUCAACUUGAAAACGAGAAAUGUUGAGAUUAAGACUUGUCAAGAGACAAAGGAUCUCAGUGCUCUGACAAAAGCAGCUGAUUUUGUGAAAGCCUUUAUACUUGGAUUUCAAGUAGAGGAUGCCCUUGCUCUCAUCAGAUUAGAUGAUCUUUUUCUGGAGUCAUUUGAAGUUACAGACGUCAAACCUUUGAAAGGAGAUCAUCUGUCAAGAGCAAUAGGGAGAAUAGCAGGGAAAGGUGGAAAAACCAAAUUCACCAUAGAAAAUGUGACCAGGACACGCAUCGUUCUUGCUGACACAAAAAUUCAUAUUUUGGGAUCUUUUCAGAACAUUAAAAUGGCACGAACAGCAAUUUGCAAUCUAAUUUUAGGAAGUCCUCCAUCCAAAGUUUAUGGCAAUAUUAGGGCAGUGGCCAGCAGAGCAGCUGAGAGGUUCUGAGCUGCACCACCGAGGACUGGGGCUGGAAGUCCAGGUUCCUGAACACAGGAGAAGCCGAGAGCUACAGAAGCCAUCAGUUUUCUGCUGGAUUUGGAAGCCCAGAAGAAAACCACAACUGUUUGUGCAGUCUGAUUGACUUUGGGCAUGUGGUCUGAUUUGAACACACCUAAUGUUUCUGUCUAGUCAUUAAAAGAGGUUUUAAACUGUG